AUGUUUCGCGGUUGUCCCUUUGGACUCAAGCCUAUUUCAUCAACAUUUCAACGCACCAUGAACAUCAUCUUCCAUGAUCUUCCACAUGUACUCACAUUUGUCGACGACAUCAUCAUCUUUUCCAACACACUUGAGGAACACGCUCAACACGUGGCUGAAGCUAUCGAACGUCUCACCAGCGUCAACUUAAUCCUCAACCCCAACAAGUGUCAUUUCGCUCAAGAAUCAGUCUACUUGCUUGGAUUUUGUGUAUCAGCACAAGGCAUUGGUUUGGAUCCUCGCAAGGUGGCAAACGUUCAAGAGUGGCCGGUACCUCGCACUGGCAAAGACGUACAACGGUUUCUUGGUGUUAUCAACUACUUUCGUGAAUCAAUUCCCAACGCAGCUUCGAGGAUGGCACCUCUCAACAAGCUACGACUUGAGCACCGUUUAGACGACUUAUGGAAUGACAGCGCGCAAGCAGCUUUUAUCGACCUCAAACGUGUGUUAUUGCACGCACCUAUUCUCAGCUAUCCAAAUCUCAAACAUCCCUUCCAGGUGGCAACCGAUGCAUCACAUACAGGGAUUGGAGCUGUACUUUAUCAGAUUAUCGAUGGCACAACACAUCACAUCGCUUUUAUGGCACGAUCUUUAUCUCCUUCUGAACGCAACUAUUCCACCACAAAACGUGAGUUACUUGCUAUCAUCUUCGCCCUCAACAAAUUCCAUCAAUACUUAUGGGGCAAUCAUUUCACCUUGUGUACAGAUCACAAAGCGCUGGUCUAUAUUCACACACAAAAAGUGGCUAACGCCAUGAUGAUCAAUUGGCUGGAUACUAUUCUCGAAUACUCAUUCGAUGUCGUGCACAUUCCUGGAUUGGACAACACCCUACCUGAUCAACUUUCUCGCCUUUUUCCCACUGAAAAAGAGCUGGCAGGGGGCACUGUAUCACACGACAAACAAACAUCCACACAAAACAACGCUAUACACGUUACAGGUAACCAAGGCGACAAUAACAGCAGUGAUGAACAGGAUGAUGACUUAUAUUUUGAACCUCCUGAAAACGAACGUAGACAACUGCUUAAGGAUGCGCAUCAAUGCAAGGAAAUGUUGAAAGACGCACACGCCUUCGGACACUUUGGAGCAAAGGCUAUGGUCGCACAAUUACAACAAGAUGGACUCAAAUGGAACAACAUGCAUCGACAAGCACAAGAGAUUGUACACGCUUGCACACAGUGUCAACAAAACAACAUUGCAAAACAAGGCUAUCAACCUUUACGUCCUAUACAUGCAUUUCUUCCUGGUGACCAUUGGGCUAUCGAUCUCGCUAGUGGAUUCGACAAAAGUCAUAAUGGCAACCUCUACAUCUUGGUUAUGGUAGAUGUAUGCACACGUUUUUGCGUAUUACACGCCCUUCCGGAUAAAACGUCUGACACAGUUGUCAAAGCGGUUAUCGACACUUUCUGCAACUAUGGAUUCCCUCGCUAUCUACAAUCUGACAACGGCACUGAAUUCGUCAACACUUUAAUGCACAAGUUAAGGAAUGCCGCAGGUUUUGAUCAUCGACUUACUACACCUUAUCACCCACGAGCUAAUGGAUUAGCUGAACGUUUCGUCCAAACGUCUAUCAACACAAUCCGCAAAAGCAUUAAUGGAGCCACAAGAGAUUGGGAUUUAUACGUCAAACCAACUCAACUAGCACUCAACAACAAAGUGGCCAGCAUACAUGGAUCUUCACCAUUUGCCUUGAUGUUCAAUCGCGCCAUGAAUGGAUUCCGUAAUUACAACAAUGAAGAGAUACCACAGCCACUCACAGAAGAAGAGCUGAUGGAUCGCAUUGAUCACAUGUCCAAUACGGUUUUCCCGGCAAUAUCAGAGAGAGCACAGGCACUACAACAGCUCAAGAAAGGUAAACAUGACGCUAAGUACAAGAUGGUACAUUUUCCUCCAAACAGCAAAGUCAUGGUCAAAGAUGUGUCACGCAGUAAGAAGAUGGAUCCACGUUACGAAGGACCUUACACUGUCGUCAGGGAAACUCCAGGUGGCUCUUACGUUCUUCGAGAUGAACAAGGGUUACUCGCAGCCAGGAACUUUGCACCAUCACAGUUGAAAAUGGUAUCACAAGAUGAAUUGGUGGAUGUCAACGAGCUAUAUGAACAUGAAGGCCAAUAUUACACCAUUCAAUCUAUUGUGGAUCACAAACAACUUGCACCCGGCAACUACAUGUACAGGGUACGAUGGGAAGGUUAUUCAGCAAAUGAUGACACUUGGGAACCACCCGAAUCAUUCAACAGCACACAACCUAUUGCAGAGUACUGGAACAAGCUUGGCCGUAUACCACCACACGAUUCUUCCAUCGAUGGCAACAUAACCCAACACACUGACACAGAGAAACAUGUACGCAAGAGAUCGUUACCCAACGCCAACACUUCAACACGCAAAAGCAAGCGUUUACGUUCUUCACGAAGAUAA